AUGCGCACGCACCUGCAGGGGCUGCGCGCGGAGGGCCACCGCCGCACUCUGGUGGUGCGCAGGAUCCACCGCCUCGGGCUCGACUCGCCCGAGAAGCUAAGGGCCCACUUCGAGCAGUACGGCGCGGUGGAGGCCGUGCUGGUCACCCACUCGCACGUCCGCAGCGAGCGCAGGUCGAGGCCAGCGGUCACCACGCGCAUCCGCCCAGCGCACCUCGGUUUCGUCGUCAUGGGCGGCGCCGAGGGAGCGGAGGCGGCGGUGGGGGACGGCGAGGCCCACGUCGUCCUCGGGAGUCCCAUCGAGGUGCAGCGCUUCGUGCCCCACCGCGGGGAGCCCGCGGGGGCGCCGCGCGACAGCGACGAGGCCGCCGACGCCAGCGAGGGCAUGGCAGACGACGAGCAGGACAGCGCCACCGAGUCCGCGUCGCCCUCGCCUCGUCGCGCCGCGGCCCAGUAG